AUGGGUAUUAGAUUUAAUUGGCUUGAACUAUGUAGAGUUCCGUUUGCAAUGGGGCUAUGUUACUACGGCAUGCGCGACACGGACGCUGCCUACGCCGUCAAUUUCUUGAACCUUACCCCCAUCGUCACCUUCGUCCUCGCCGUCAUUCUACGAGCCGAGAAGUUGGCGUUCAACAACUGGCCUAGCGUGGUAAAGCUUGUGAGCACAUUUGUGUGCGUCGGCGGCACCAUGGUGGUGAGCCUGUACAAAGGCAAGCUGCUAAACCCGUGGCACGCCCACCUGCUGAAAUCCAAACAUUACAAAUGCUCGAUGGCGAAGGACAUAUCUCCAACAUCGUCAUCGUCCCGCAAGCUCGCCCUGUUCCUGCUCGCCCUGAUGAACCUGAGCCUCCUCUUGGGCGCCGUGAACGCCGGCGGCUGCGCCGGCCCCCACUGCCCGACCCCGGCGACGUCGACGACCGGCGUGUGCCCGAUCAACACGCUGAAGCUGGGCGUGUGCGCCAACGUGCUGAACCUGCUGAAGCUCAAGAUCGGCGUCCCGGCCAGCGAACAGUGCUGCCCGCUGCUGACCGGGCUGGCUGAUCUCGACGCCGCCGUGUGCGUCUGCUCCGCCAUCAGGGCUAAGGUCCUCGGCGUCGUCAAUCUCAACGUGCCCGUUGACCUCGUGCUUCUGCUUAACUACUGCCGCAAGACUUGCCCUCCUGGCUUCACCUGCCCCCUCUGA